UUAGCAAUCGAGGAUAUAAACAAGGCAGAAAAAUUGUUCCAAUACUUCGGGAAUGAGACGUUUCCCUUGGCGCACAUCCCUUUUUAUUUCCGACUUGUUUACCUAAAUUAUAUGCAGAUGGAGAAUCUGACCAAGCUGGAUGAAGUUAUUCAUGACUUCAAUGACCAUCUACCGAUAAAUCGUUUACCGAACUGGCUGACGGACUCCCACGAUCUUCCAAGGGUAAGUUCACGUUUCGGGGUUGAUGCCGUAGACGCUUUUCACAUGCUGAGUCUGCUUUUGCCGGGAUCCGCAUGCGUGUAUUACGGAAGCGAGAUAGGUCUAGAAAAUAGCCUAGUCAGGGUGGACCAAAAGAUGGAUGCAGCACUGAAAUAUAGACCAGACCUUGAUCGAGAUCAGAGCAGGGGACCAAUGCCUUGGGACGACACAAAGAACGGAGGUUUCACAAAAAAUGAUAAACCGUGGUUGCCUCUGAGUGCGAGGUAUUGGUACACCAACGUGGAAAGGCAAUUAAAAGAACCUAACAGUCAUUUAAAGAUUUUCAAACGUCUGAUGGCACUUCGGAGGAGGCCUGUCUUGAAGAAUGGAGAUCUGAAGACCUAUAUCGUAAACAACUGGACCUAUUUAUUCACCAGGAGUGCCAACAAUGAGACGAUUGCAGUUGUUAUAAACCUCGGAUCGGAAUCGGGGAAGAUCUGCUCUGGCGAUUCCAAUUUUGGCCUUCCUCAAACAAUGUACGUCCACACUGGAAGUUUGAAUUCCGGCUUUAAAAUAGGGGACAAAGUAACAGUUGUGAGCUCGAAAGGUCAUGACUGCACCGAAUUGCGGCCAAAAGCAGGAUUGGUUCUGACCACUUAUGCAACCGCCGCUGCAGUGGCUAGAGGAAUAGGAUUCUGGCUGCUCAUGCUUGCACUUGGGAUGAAUAUCCUCUUUCGAGAAGGGAUCUGCUGAAUUAUUUAUGUACUUUUACAUUUAUUUAUUGACACCUAAUACAUGGCGACAUGCGCAACCUAUAAUGGAAUGCGGCCAGGGAAAAGUUCGUGGGGUCUGAAUUCCCCCCCCCCCUCAGUUAAAAAUGUAUGGCUGCACGCGUUCAUCAUCUACUUUAUUCCCUGCAUGAUGCCCCGUCCAAGUACCUUUUUUGCGAUAUGUUUUUAUACGUAAGCAGACCAUUUUACCUCAUAGUUCAAUGCAGUCUUAGUUUUGUUAUUUUUAUUUUUUUGU